AUGGAAAGUUAUGGGGAAGAAUCCUUAUAUCCGAAAUUAGAAAAUAACAAAGAAGAGCGGACUGAAGACGAUAAAAUCGAUUCAAAAUCCUUAAAGGAUCUCAAUGGUGAACUUCCCUUUGAUGAAGGCAUUGCCCUGUUAGUCAAGGCCACAGAUCUCGCAGCCAGACGUCAUCGGUUCCAAAAAAGGAAGGAUGCUCGACAAACUCCUUAUAUUAACCAUCCCAUUGGUAUGUUACGGUAACCCUUUCGAUAUACUCUAUACCUCAGGAACGGCCUAUCUGUUGACAUCUGUGGGAAAGAUCACUGAUCCUGUUGUUUUGGCUGCAGCCAUGUUGCAUGACACAGUUGAAGAUACAAAGACCACAUUAGAAGAGAUCAAGGCAGAGUUUGGCGAAGAGAUAUAUACCAUUGUGAAUGAAUGUACAGAUGACAAAAGUUUGCCCAAAGAAAAACGUAAACAACUUCAGGUUGAACACGCUGAAGGGAUUUGUCAUAAAGUAAGGGUGCAAAAAAUAUUAUAUUGAAUUGCACUAGCUCGUGCGAAUAAAAUAAUGUUUAGGCGAAAUUGGUAAAGUUGGCCGAUAAACUCUAUAAUCUCCGAGAUUUGGAGAGAGCGACUCCAGUUGGCUGGAGCAAAUCUCGGGUCAAGGAGUACUUCUUAUGGGCGCGAGAUGUGAUAUCUAAACUCAAGGGAACCAACGAGGCCUUGGAGAUCGCACUGGAUGAUGUGAUCAACACCAAUCUUGCCAAGUUCUAA